AUGGACUUUACAAAAGAACUAAAAUCUAGUCAUCGAAGGGUGGAAGACAGGAUUCGUGAAUUGAAAGGUAAAACGUACUUUUAAUUUUUGUUUUACAAAAAUCAAUUGUUUCUUUGGUUUCAUACUAGUACAAUUUAUAGCAUUUACUUUACUGUAUGAAUACUUUUACUGUCUACUUAAUAAACAAAAAAUCACUUAGAAUUAUGAAACAGCGUCAUAAAUUAUGAGAUGUAUAAAGUUGUUUUAGCACUUACUAAGGAUAUGAGGAAAGCUUGCGACGAUGACAUUUUCAACAACGAAUGUUAUGGCGACUUCAAGAUAACAACCAGCAAUGAGACCUUCUAUGUAAGACACUUUAUCCAUUUUUUGUAAUUUUAAUUUUUAAAAUAACACUUUUUCUUUUUCGAGUCUGUGUUGUUAUCUCUUAUGGCACGCAACUUUUUAAUCAGGAUUGACAUAAAAAAUCGAAGAUUGACUUUAACACUUUAGCAAACAUUACUUUAUAUCAUUAAUUUAGGUAUCCAAAUUUGCACUAGCUCAAAACUCGCCUGUUUUGAAAGCCAUGUUCAAACAUCAGAUGAAAGAAGUAAAGAAUGGAGAGAUGGUACUACAUGAUGAUUCUGAAGCGGUAAAGGCCAUGCUGAUGUAUGUGCACCACCAUAAAACGAUUGAUGAUUUUCAACUGGCGAUGGAGGUGAUCCAGCUUGCUCAUCGUUGUGAAAUUCGACUUUUGACUGUAAGUUGUUUUCUGUUACUGUUGUUUAACGGUUUGUUUUUCCUUUAUACACGUAUAUUUAUAUUACGUGUAUAUAUUGUUAAUCUCGAUAAUAAGAGUUUUAUUUAGUAAAUAAAAACUCGAACGUACUGGUUAAUGUCAUGUUAUUAGCUUACUUGAUAUUCUUUUAGCUGCAAUGCGAGCUGUGUUUGUUGAAUAAUAUUCGAGGAGAGGAUGCUGAGGAAUGUCAAGCGUUAGCCAGAAGGUAA